UCCAAUUAAGCUGAUUCCGCAAUGAUGUUACUGGACAUUUUAGAGAAAAAGAUAGAUGAUGCUGUCUACAUAAUAGCUGAAAUUGGACAAAAUCAUCAGGGAUGCCUAGAAGUGGCCAAAAGGAUGAUACUAGAGGCAAAAAAAGCAGGAUGCCAUUGUGUGAAAUUUCAAAAAUCGGAUUUAUCAGCUAAAUUUACACGGUCCGCCCUGGCUCGCGAGUACGUGAGCGAAAAUGCUUGGGGCAAGACAUAUGGAGAGCACAAGGAAUAUCUUGAGUUCACCAGAGAGCAGUACCAAGACUUGCAGGCGUACAGUCGUCAGCUAAAUGUCGAUUUCACUGCAUCGGCAAUGGAUGGGCUCUCGUUGGACUUUCUGGCAGACCUAAAGGUACCGUUCAUUAAAAUUGGAUCCGGAGAUGCCAAUAACUUUCCGCUUUUAAAAAAGGCAGCUGGCCUUGGAAUACCUUUAGUCAUCUCAACAGGAAUGCAGACAAUCCAAACGGUUGACAAAAUUGUCAACAUAAUGGAGGACGCUGGAAAAUUGGACUAUGCACUCAUGCAUUGUGUCUCUGCAUACCCAACAGCACCCAAAGAUUGCAAUUUGCGCUUGAUUUCCAUGUUGAAGCAUCGCUUUCCCAAUGUAGUCAUUGGCUAUUCCGGACAUGAGCUUGGUAUAGCCAUUACCCAGGCAGCUGUCUUGCUGGGCGCCAGGAUAGUAGAGCGCCAUUUCACCCUAGACAAGAAUCAAAAGGGUUCCGACCAUCGUUGCUCACUUGAACCGCUUGAAUUUGAAUCUCUGAUCGUGGCAAUUCAAAGGUUUAAACUCAAGCAACUACCCUUAGAGGCAGAUGGAAUAAUUUCAAUGCUGGGUGGCGAUCAGGAACUGGAAGAAGCACUUCAAUACAGUGGCGAAAAAAAGAUUUUGCCAUGCGAGUUGCCAUGUCGAAAUAAGCUCGGAAAAUCUCUUGUAGCUGCUCGGACCCUUCACAAAGGCCUCAAGCUUCAAUUGACCGAUGUGGCCAUCAAAGUUAGUGAGCCCAACGGCCUACAUGCCGAGGAAUAUUUUGACAUAGUCGGCAAGGAAUUAACAAACAGUGUCUAUGAGGAUGAACCCAUAACCGGGAACAUAGUAAAGUUUUAAGUCAAUACUCUAGCACACAAUAAAGCGUGUGCAAUUUUUAAAUACAUGUCUAAAAACUAGUCAUAUUCGCUGCUCUAUUCGGCUCCAUCCUCGCUGCCUUCAUCCUCGUUCUCAUUUUCGAUCAUCUCAAUGUCCUCCUCCAGAUCGCCCUCUUUCUUGUCCGUUGGCUUCUCAUAAACGGCAGUCAGGGGUGACACGCACACUCCAUUCCACACUGACAUUUCGCGUAC